AUGCCAGGGAUAACCAAGUAUAAUUUAGUGGAUGAUGCACAGGACUUGAGGAUCCCCAUGCACAACGAGGCAGCAUUUCACCAUGGGGUCUGCUUCGAGGCAAAGGUAAUAUUACAUAGGCUAUGAACUACAGUAGCUGCUCAUCAAUAAGGGUCUAUAGUGUAAGGAUGAUAUGACUGAGCUGAGUUUAUAAUGAAUUGAUAUCCAAAAUGAUAUUCUUCCAAAAUGAUAUUUUCCCAAAAUGUUAGGACAAUAUAAUGAUGAUAGCUAGAUUUACAUUUUUAUUUCAUUUGAAUUGUGCCCUAAUAUUACACUCAACAGUGCGUGUUGAUUGAAUUCUGAUUGCACUGUAUUAUAUGUUACAGUGUGCUUGUUGAAAUGUAUUCAUGAAUGUAUUAUCCUAUACCAAUUUAUCAAAUCCAUAUAGACCUACAGUAGCCUACCCUUUACAAUUCAUUCAGGAUGUAUAGUGAACUCCGUUGGACAAGAAGCAGAUGAGAUCAGAGUAAGAGUUCAAGACUACUCCAGUCACUAAUGACAAAUCUCAUAACUGUGUAAAUAUUAUAGUACAUUGGCAGUCUGGAAGUGGGUCGUCCGAAUAGCCGAAUGGAGAUAGUGGCUGCAAUGAGAAGGAUACGGGUAAGACACUUAAAUAAUAACUUUAUCAAUUAUCUAGUUAUCUGUGGGCCAUAA